AAGCAAGUCUGUUUGUAUUUUAAGUUUGCCAGGACUAAUGAAUUAAAAAAGCUUGGACUCUCGGCCGUUUGCUGGUUUAACAAUGCCUCUGAUGGAAGGAUUUUUUGCCCCACGAAGCAUGACUACACUGUGACCCCUCAUUGUCGGAAAAGAAAGAAAGGGACAGUGGAAUUGUGAAGGAAAAUGGAAAAGGGUGGUCCGGAGGGACCGAAAAGCCUAUGGGAAGUGCAGGUAGCAGCAUGUUGCUCUGACAGCUGUUUCAACUUCUCAGACCGUGUCAGUUUGCUGCCAUGUAGCAGGUGCAGCCUUUUCUUUUAUUGAAUCUUGACUCCAUAAAGGCAACGACAAGCCAAGGCAGUGGCUGGCCCUGGAUUACACAAGUGUAGACACUACUAAGUGAGCUGGAACAUAUAAGUAAACGCAUAGGCUCAAGUGCCCACAUGAUCACCACAGCAAGGGUACCUGCUGAUAAACCAAUACGAAUUGCCUUCAGUCUAAAUGACUCUCCAGAUGAUACCCCAUCUGAGAAUCCCUUUCCUUUGGCUUUUCCAGAUCUAGAACAGCAGCUCCAGCCCAUGCCUCCUUGUCAUGACUCAAAGGAAUCUAUGCAGGUGUUCAAACAGCACUGCCAAAUAGCAGAAGAAUACUAUGAAGUCAAAAAGGAAAUGGCUCUUCUUGAAGAAAGAAAAAAGGAGCUGAUUGCUAGGUUGGAUCAAGCUGAGGAAGAGAGCAUGGAUGCUACUCAGCUAGCAAAGGAGUAUUCAGACCUUACAGAAGAGAACCGGACACUGAAGUUGGCCCAGAAACAAUGUGUUGAACAGCUGGAAAAGCUUAGGAUACAGUAUCAGAAGAGACAGGGAUCUUCAUAACUUCGAAUGAAUCUGUCCGGAGCAAUAAAAAUCUAGGGCCUCUUCAGU